AACAACAUCAUGCCCCAAAACAUGACGUUGUUUUUUCCAUAGUCUGCAACACUACCGGCAAAAGUUAAAUUGUGUUGAAUUUUUCGAUGGUUUUAAAGAUGCUACAAGUUUGUGUCACCUUUCUUUUGCUGAUAUCACAACACACUUUCGCUGGCACACCCGAAGAAGAGCAGGGAGUGCGCUAUGCAAACAAAUGCGAGACCUGUAAAAUUCUGGCCACCGAACUGCAGGAGCGGCUUUCCGAGACUGGCAAGUCUCACGAUGUUAUCGAGACUGGCUAUUCAGUGGACGAUGUGAAACCUAAAAAACGCAAAGAAUACCGUCGAAGUGAGCUGCGUUUAUUGGAAUCCAUAGAGAAUGUGUGCGAUCGAAUUUUGGAGUACAAUUUGCAUAAGGAACGUAGUGAUAGCACACGAUUUGCCAAAGGCAUGUCAGAGACUUUCAAGACAUUGCAUGGACUAGUAGACAAAGGCGUGAAAGUAGAUUUGGGUAUUCCAUUAGAGUUAUGGGACAAGCCACCAGUGGAGGUAACACAAAUGAAGAGUCAAUGUGAAAAUAUGCUUGAAACCUAUGAAGACGCCAUAUACGAGUGGUAUUUCCAUAAGCAGGAUGAAAAGAAUCUAAUUGACCAUUUGUGUGCCGAACAAGUCUUAGCUGUGGACGAUAGGAAAUGCCUUAAGGAAUCUCUCAAAAUAAGCGAUAAGAAGAAUAAAAAGUCGAAAGGCGAUAAAGAGGACUUAUGAACAUGCAUGUAGAACAAGCAAAUAAAUCAUGUGAUUCCUGAUCUUUA